AUGACUGGUAAUAGUGUAAGAAGGGAGAAAACUCUGAAGUGCGAUUUCAAAAUCAAAGACGGCAAACAGAAUCGUGUACCACAAACCAAUACAAUGUUAGAAAACAAUUUCUUUCCAUCUUUAUUUACUGAAAUGGUUUUGGAAGCUGGUUCAAAUCCCAUAGAAACCAUCAAACACCCUGGGGAAUUUGACACAAUGUUGAAAACAGUUCUAUAUCCCAAAAACUACGAUUCAGUCUCAGGCUGGAUACCCGAUGUUGGCGAUGGAAUUGUUUUGAAAGAACCGGUAAGAAAUCUUGCAAAUGAUGCUGAUUUAGCUAUAGUGAGAGUUUUUGCUCGAAACACAAUAGAAAGAGUAGCACGAGCAGCUAAUCAUGGGUUCGAAAAACGAGUACUUCAGUAUAAUAAUGUUGUUGAGAAUAAUAGAGAUGAUAUAGAUUUUGAAAGAAUUGAUAAGAGUGUAAAGGAAGGUGGAUUUUUACCUUUCCUACCUUUGAUAUUUGCCGGUCUGGCCGCGGCUGGUGCAGCAACUAGUGGGAUAUCUGCCGCAGUCAAAGCAGCCAACGCCAAAAAAGCAGCGUUGCUGAAAAAAGUGAAAAACGUAGACAUAAUAUGGAAAUGGAAAAGAUAG